AUGGGGCAGGAGCUGAAGCCGAGAGAGAGGGGGAGUGGGGGCGGCGGUGGAGGUGGAGGAGGUCUGCCCACCACCACCACCACCACCACCACCACCACCACCACCGCGGCGUCGGGUGGCGGAGCCAGGUCGCGGAUCCCCAAAGGACGGCAGAUCCAGAAGACCUUCAACAACAUCAAGAUCACGAUCCUGUGCGGGUUCGUGACUAUCCUCGUCCUCCGCGGCACCAUCGGCGUCGGCGAUCUCGGCGGCGGCGGCGGCGAUGGCGAAGAGACCAAGGUCAUGGAGGACGUCGACCGCAUCCUCCGUGAAAUUCGCUCCGAUUCCGACCCCGACGACGAAGAGGAACAGCAGCGGCAGCAGCAGCAACAACAACAAGAGCAUGAUCUGGCCGCCGCAGUGGGCGGCGCCAACGGAACCGCCGGGGUUGGGGGCAAUGCCACCUACACCGUCGUCAAGGUAGACCUGAACAACUUGACCUUCACAUUGGGGCCGAAAAUCUCCGACUGGGAUGCGCAGCGCCGGCGAUGGCUGGCCGAGAACCCCGGGUUCCCCAGCGAGGUGACCGCCGGCCUCGGCGGCGCCAGGUCCAAGGCCCGGAUCUUGCUGGUGACGGGAUCUCCGCCCAACCCCUGCGACAAUGCCAUCGGCGACCACUACCUCCUCAAGGCCAUCAAGAACAAGAUCGACUACUGCCGCCUCCACGGAAUCGAGAUCAUCUACAACAUGGCACACCUCGACAAGGAGCUCGCCGGUUACUGGGCCAAGCUCCCCCUCCUCCGCCGCCUCAUGCUCUCCCACCCGGAGGUGGAGUGGAUCUGGUGGAUGGAUAGCGACGCCCUCUUCACCGACAUGACCUUCGAGAUCCCCCUCCACCGCUACGCUGACCGGAACCUCGUCAUCCACGGCUACCCGGACCUCGUCUUCGAGCAGCACUCGUGGAUCAGCCUCAACACCGGCAGCUUCCUCCUCCGCAACUGCCAGUGGUCCCUGGACCUGCUCGACGCAUGGGCUCCCAUGGGACCCAAGGGCCCCGUCCGCGAGGAAGUGGGGCGCUUGCUCACGGCCAAGCUCAAGGGCCGGCCGGCGUUCGAGGCCGACGACCAGUCCGCCCUCAUCUACCUGCUCUUGUCCAAGCAGGAGCAGUGGUUCCCCAAGACGUUCAUCGAGAACUCCUACUACCUCCACGGUUACUGGCCCGGUCUGGUGGAUCGCUACGAGGAGAUGAUGGACAAGUACCAUCCGGGCCUGGGCGACGACCGGUGGCCCUUCGUCACCCACUUCGUCGGCUGCAAGCCCUGCGGGAGCUACGGGGACUACCCGGUCGAGCGGUGCUUGAAGAGCAUGGAAAGAGCCUUCAACUUUGCGGACAACCAGGUGCUCCACAUGUACGGCUUCGCUCACCGGGCCUUGUCGACCCCGAAGAUCAGGAGGUUCCGGAACGAGACGGCCUCCCCUCUGGAGGUCCUCGCGCAGGAGGAGGCCCGGCAGAUGGCAUUCCUACAGCAGCAGCAGCAGUAG